AUGUCAAUUAAUUUCAGCCUUUUCGGAGGCGCUGAAUCUCUCACAGAAGGUCGAAAAAGGUCGCCGCGCCGAGUGUAUGCGCCGAACGAGGAGCACCAGGAUCAAUAUGCGUUCACGGCACCUCCCCAAGAUCCCAAUGACUUUCUGUGGUUAAUGACGGAAGAACCUCACCGUUCGAGGCGGACGGCCAUCAUGAAGGCUCACCCUGAGGUGACGAAACUUAUGGGUUACGAGCCCCUGACGAAAUACGUCGUGCUGUUUGUCGUCUCCAUCCAGAUCAUCUUUGCCAUAUACCUUCGGCACCACUCUCCCCUUUCCCCUCUCUUCGUACUCUGCGCGUAUGCCGUCGGUGGCACCGCCAACCACAACCUCUUCCUUGCGAUCCACGAAAUCACGCACAACCUCGCGUUCAGAGGUAUCACGCCGAACAAGCUGCUCGCGAUGGUCGCGAACCUGCCGAUCGGGAUCCCGUACUCAGUUUCAUUCAAGAAAUACCACAUCGAGCACCACAAGUUUAUGGGCCAGGACGGCGUCGACACGGACCUGCCGACGCGGCUUGAACUGAUGUGUCUGAACAACGUCCUGGGCAAGGUCAUCUUCGCGACGUUCCAGAUACUCUUCUACGCGCUCCGGCCGACGUUUGUGCGUGCGCAGAAGCUGACGCGCUGGCACCUCCUCAACGUCGUCGUUCAGCUAGUAUUUGACUACGUCCUCGUGUCGGCGUUCGGCGCCCGGCCGCUGAUAUACCUCGUGAUGAGCAGCUUCUUCGCCGGAAGCUUGCAUCCCCUCGCAGGUCACUUUAUCGCCGAGCAUUACCUUUGGGACGGGCUGGAGCAGGAGACGUACAGCUACUACGGUCCGCUUAAUAUCCUGGCGUACAAUGUUGGAUAUCACAACGAGCACCACGACUUCCCUUCAAUUCCAUGGACAAAACUGCCAGCGUUGCGCAAGCUUGCCCCCGAAUUCUAUGAUACCAUUCCUUCCCAUCCCUCAUGGCCCAUGGUAAUCGUGAACUUUAUUCGCGACCCGGAAGUCGGUAUGUUCGCCAGAGCGAAGCGCUUGGGGAAAGGCCACCCAGUUGACCCAGCCUUGCUGGCAAAGGGCGUAACGGGCAUGGUUUGUGCCACCAGCAAAGAUGUCAAGCCUGACGAAAGUGGGAGCGAAGAUAGAGAGCUGAGUGAAGAGGAGUCGGAUAAGAGUGAAUGA